AUGGUACCGCCACCAACGGGCCCUGCCGGCCAAGGUCGCCGCCCCAAGCCCAAGAACAAGAGCGUGCGCAGUCAGAUUCGUGAUGUUCAGCGCUUUCUGGCCAAACCGGACUUGCCUGAGACCGUGCGCGUGUCCCAAGAGCGCAAGUUGGCUGCGCUCAAGGAAGAACUCGGGGAUCAGCAGCAUUCCAACCGUGAGCGUGCCAUGCAGAAGAAGUAUCGCAUGGUCAAGUUUUUCGAGCGCCGUAAAUUGAUGCGGCGCCGCGGCCAACUGCAGGCUGCCAUUGCCAAAUCUGAUGAAGAGCGCGCGGCCACACUUCAACAGGAACUGCAAAAAGUUGAAAGCAAAAUGUUAUACGUGCGAAGGUUUCCUAAAACGCAAAAAUACAUCUCCAUCCUCAAACCAGACACCGAGCUCACCAAGGGGGCCUGCCAGCAACGAGACAAUUUCUUCAACAAAAUCCUCGCCAGUGUGGAGGCUGGCGAGCUCGUAUAUGAGUCACAGGAUGAGGAUGAUGAAUUCAAUCAAGGCAACAGCGGGCGCUCCUCUGCUCCUGCUCGCGGCAAGCGUUCAGCUCGGGAGAGUCAGCACAUUCUUGGUGCAGCCAGUGACGACGAUUCUGACGCUGAAGCCGACAAUGCUUUUGCCGACUCGUUCUUCUCUGCUGGUACCGGGCCUGCUCUUGAUAGCGUGGCGCACAGUGACCCAGAAUCAGCACCAGAGGCUGAGGCUGGCCCUUCGGUUGCAGACGACGGCCCACCGCCCAGCAAAGCACUCAAGACCGGGGCUCCUGGCGAGAAGAAGCGCCGGCGCAAACGCAGUCGCAAAACGGCAAGCACGACGCAGGCUACUGAUUAG